CUCCAACAAAUGUCAAACGUAUUAUCAAAAUAAACCGAAGCGGCUUACGUUAUUUGCGAAGCGAUCCAUAUUUUAUGAAAUUCGUAUGCAAAACGUUUGCUUAUUACGAAUUAUCAAUAUCCUUCGUAUAAUCCUUUACCACUCCUUAGUGCUGAAGUAUUCCCUUCCCUCGUGGUGGUGGAAAUUGUGUCGUGUAUACUGUUUCCUGCCCGAACAAGCACCUGAAAGGAGUCUAUCAUGGAUCAAAUGCAGUUGAGUCCGGGUUUCUCGAUUCCCAGUAUAGGAACACCGCUACAUCAGCCUGAAGAAGAUCAGCAGAUUUUACCACAUGCGUAUCAACAGCAGCAAUCGAUGCCCCACAUGACUCCAAUGGGUGGCCUCAGUUCGUACGGAAUGCCUUCGAUAGGGAUGGGAACUCCCGGAAAAAGUAUGCACACGUAUGCGCCAAGUUUCGCCGCACCACAAAGCAUGAUUCAGCCCCAGACGCCACAAAGCCUAAUGUCCCCAAUGGUGCCGAUGACGGAGACAAAACCACCCGCAACGCCCAUCCAUAACAACAGCGGGAGUAGCGUGCGGGAUCCGGAUAACAUUGGCAGUGUUAACAUCCACCAGACGAUGGGUCCCGCGACGCCAAUGACACCGAUGACGCCGAGUGAGCCGGCUAUUCUACCCCAAUUGCAAAACAUUGUGUCGACAGUUAAUCUCAGCUGUAGGUUGGAUCUCAAGAAAAUCGCUCUACAUGCCCGUAACGCUGAGUACAAUCCGAAACGAUUCGCAGCGGUUAUCAUGCGAAUUCGUGAACCCCGAACAACGGCACUGAUUUUCUCGUCCGGUAAAAUGGUGUGUACUGGGGCGAAGAGCGAGGAAGAUUCUAGGUUGGCGGCAAGAAAGUACGCGCGUAUUAUCCAGAAGCUUGGCUUCACGGCAAAAUUCCUGGAUUUUAAGGUGCAGAAUAUGGUGGGCAGCUGCGAUGUACGAUUCCCAAUCCGAUUGGAGGGCUUAGUUCUGACACACGGCAAGUUCAGUUCCUACGAGCCAGAGUUAUUCCCCGGGUUGAUCUAUCGUAUGGUGAAGCCGAGAAUCGUCCUGUUGAUAUUCGUGUCCGGAAAAGUGGUGCUCACCGGAGCCAAAGUGCGACAGGAAAUCUACGAUGCAUUCGAUAACAUUUAUCCGAUUUUGAAGAGUUUCAAAAAGCAGUGAUUUAUUUGAGAACUUUAUUUGUUAAUUUUGCUACGUUUCUAAGACAAUUUGAAAAGGCACAUGAAUUCAAGCUAAGGAUUCAAUGUUGUUUUCGCAACUAGAAGCAGUAGGAUGUGGCACCCACAUUUCAUGGAAUAAAAAUUAGGUUUCAAUAAGGAAAAUAACAGUAAAUAAAUCUAAUGAUGUGGUUAAAUAU